UGCACUCCAUGAGAGCACAGUAAGAAAGCCCAGUCUUGGCAAUGACCUUUCUCAGGGGCCAGGCAGCCUAGGAAUCACCAACAACAACCUGAGGCAAAAAAUAUGUACUUAAAACUAAAUCCUGGUUUAUUGCUUUUUGAAAACUACAAAAACACAAGUUAUUUUUCACCCUACUGAAAAUAAUGCACUGGUUCCACAGGCCAUGAAUAGCCAGCCAACCAAUGAUAUUGUUACGAAUGUGCUGCAUGUGAAUGAUUGUAUGUGUAAUGUGAUGAAAUUAUAGCAUGAUGCAAUGUUAGCUCAGCAUGGUGCAACUCUACCUGUUGGGACAAGAGAGACAGAGGGGAGCCCGGGGCCGCCGGCCGCCGGGCAGGAAGUGCUGAGUCGGCAGUUGUGAGCAAGGGUGGCUGACGGGCAGUUGAGGAGACGCGUGUCUGGGCUAAGAGAGUGUUGAGCUGCUCCGCUCGCGAGCUGUGUGCUUCCGGUGUGCGUGUCUGCCGUGCCCCUGUAGUACUGUGCCGGAUUAACUAACUGUUCUGUGCCCUUGAAAGUUGCUGUACUGUGUGAGGAACCUGUCAUUAAACUAGAACUUAGUGUUGAACGUGUAUCCUUUGUGCCCUGCCUCGUUCCUACCUCCCCUCGGUGUUCGGUGUGGGCUGCUGUGAGUGACUGGUGCCCGUGUGGUUGUUCUGAGGAUCACGCCGCCUGGCUGCCCGUGGAUGGUGUGUGGUAGGGGGGGUGGCGUAACACUUGGUGUCAAAGGAGUGGGGAUAAGUGAACAGUGAAGCGCGCCGAGUGUCAUGGCGUCCCCCAGUGGUCGCCGUGAGGGUGAGGAGACGGGCAAGGCCGAGGCUGACGUGGGUGAGGUGAAGCCGGGCCAGAUGGAAUUGGUCGCUGCCAUGCUGGCCAGUCUGAGGCAGGAAUUGGAUCAGAGAACAGAGAGAGCAGAACAGAGGGCAGACGAGAGGGCACGCGAGCAGGCUUAGAGGGCAGACGAGAGGGCACGCCAUCUUGCCGAGGUCCUCCAGAGCAGUCUCUCGUCCCUGAAGGUGGAAACCCAGCAGUACACCGACCAGGGCUGCGACAGCGCGAGGAGUGAACGGCUGGAGGAGGUGCGGACCCAGGAAGGCGAGGUCCGAGGCCUGAUGGAGGCGGAGAGGUGGCAUCGUCGCACGCGGAGGAAGAAGGCUCAGUUCUGGCAGGAAGCGCCGGGGCGGCGGUCCUGCAGGGGCCUAUCUGGGGCCCCUGGCAAGGACUCCUGGAGCCUGGUAGCGUCGUGGCGGAACCAGUAGCUGCCGCAGGAGGUUGGGGAGCCCCCGCCUCGUUGCCUCCCUCACCCCCUCCCUCUCCUCCAUGCCAGCCGGCUCGCAGGUCACGUAGUCCACUCUCUCUCCCAUGGCAGCAGCGAGAGGUGGCAACGUGGUGCGGGGAGGAACAAGAAGGUCACGUGUGCUGGCGGCGGGUGCACGGGUGGCGGACUGGCGGGGCUCCGCGUGGGGCCCCUGGAAAGGGCCCCUGAAGCCCGGUGGCGUCGUGGCGGAGUCGGUGGAGGCUGCAGGAGGCUGGGGAGCCGUCGGAGCCGCUCCCUUGGGUCCAGCUGGUGCUGGAGUCGGACCCAUUAACCCUGCCUCGUUGCCUCUCACCGCCUCCCUCUCCGCCAUGCCGGCCGGCUUGCAGCCCACGUGGUCCGCCCGCUCCCAUCUGCGGCCCCUCGGCCUCCUGGCGCUCAGAGAGGCUUAAGCCAGCGGAGCACGACGGGAAGUUGGCAUGGGAGGCCCAGUUCAAGAUGCCAGCUGCUGCCCAGGGUUGGGGCGAGGAUGAGAAGACGCUGCAGCUGACUACAGCACUACGGGGCUCAGUGGACGGGCCCGGCCGCUUGGUGGGGAGCGCCGAGAGGACCUUGGGGCGGCCUGACAUGCUGGCCGCUACGCGACUCCAGGACGCGCCACAGAGGCUGUGUGGCGUCACGGGGCACUGCGUGCAGUCCAAGGGCCCAGUGGAGGCUCGUAUCGGCGUUGGCAGCGCUGUGGAGCGCCGGCCGAUGGACGUCGCCGAUCGAGACGAGCCGUGCGUGCUGGGCCUCGACUACCUGCCGCAGGGCGAGGCCUGUGCCGACCUUGGACGGGAGCUGGAGAGGCUGCGCGGACAGGCGCCUUUGCUCCCGAAGGUCGGCUGUGCAGAGGUAGUCGCGGCGGAGCGACUGCACCUUGCCCCGGGGACGGAGGCCAGGGCCCUUUGUUGCCGGUCGGACGCGAUGCCAGCGGAAGGCACGGUGGAGUCCACGGAGGGCCUGUAGCUGCCUGGUGGUGUGGCAGCCGGACGGAGUCUCGAAGGAGCGGGGGAGGAGUCAGUCACGGUGCUGGUGGCUAACUCCUCCGACGAGGCUCGGGAAGUACCCGCUGGUGCCAAGCUGGGCACCUGUGAGGAGGUGGAACAAGAGGAGGCGUCGGAGAGCUCGGAGUCGGCCGCUGUGAGGCCGCUGCCCGACUUCCUGGAGGAUUCGGCGCACCGGAGCGCCGCUCACCUGACGGAGGCGCAGACGAAGGUGCGCCACACCCUGGGUCGGUGCGCGGACGUGUUCAGCGGGGGUGGAUUGGACCUGCUGGGCCGGACGGGGUGGGUGACGCGCAACAUCAACACGGGAAAUGGUGCGCCCACCAGGAGCCCGCCCCGACGUGUCGUGCCGGUCAGGCGGGAGGAACUGCAGCGCGCCGUCAACGAGAUGGCGGCGCAGGGGGUGAUGGAGCGGACAGACAGUCCGUGGCCCUCAGCAGUCGUCCUGGAUAUGAAGAAGGACGGCACGCAGCGCUUCUGUGCGGACUGCCGGGCGCUGAGGGACGAGACUGACGAGGACUCUCACCCCCUGCCGUGGACCGACGACGCGCUGACGAAGGCCUUGGAGUUCGGGGCAUUGACGACGACCAGCGGCCAAGCGGCGGCCGCCCCGCCCUGCCAUGACUUCCGGGGCCGGAUGGCGAAGGUGAAGAUGAAGGCAGCGUCGGUGAAGGCGAGCCCGGAGGGCCUCCGUGGCUCGUGCGGGGGCUGUGGCA